UAUGGCUUCCGAGUUAGCUGAUUUUUCGUGCAUUAUGGUCUUCCAAAUCAAGUACUUCUCAUCCAUAAAUAAAGGAAUCCACACAGAGAGUUCAAUUUAACUUGAACGGCAGCCCGAGAGUUUUACAGAGGUUGAUAGAGAUGAUGGAAAUGUUCUCAAUAUGGCUGCGACAACAAGGGUUGGAAUGGACAGUAAUUAGCUACCAGCAGAAUGAGAGAUUUUCAGUGAUAUCGAUGUCCAGGUGAAGAUCCGGUGACUCCAGAGUGGGACAAGCUUUCAGUUACGUGGAUGAAAUGGGAUGAGAUUCCGCUGACAGUGAGCGAUGCUGUAGCAAAAGGCUGGAGUUUGCGUGACAAAUGCCAGGCCAGAGCAUAUUUCCAAGGUCGUCGAUACAUUCGCAAUGGGGACUUGACGUUGAUGCUGCUAUUUGAUGCAAACGAUAAAAUUGCUGGAAUUCAAACUGGAAUUCCAACUUCAACUGUCUGUAAGCGAAUGGGGUCGCCAUGGAAGCGAGAAAACGACUCCUACGUCGUCACCGCUUAUUUCAAAGAUCCAAGUCUAAUUUGUUCGCAUAGAUAUGACUCUGAAGCCAAGUACUUUGGUGACAGACUUUUGAUCCAAAAAAGUUCAAAGGCAAACGGAUUUGUCCAGGUCCCCUUGCUGGAGCGUGGUCUGUUAGGUGGAAUGUGGACUAAGGGAGAGUGCUUCUGGUCGAUGGGAAAAAUGUACUGGUAUGACCUGCUAAACGUGUUUGACUGCAAUUCAUUGUUUCCUGUAUUUGUGAUGUACACGAACGGAGUACUGAACGGGUUUGGUUGGAUUUUGCCCUUUAAACUUGACAAUCCAAGAUUUGUGUAUCCAACAAAUGUAUCUUUCCCGUAUUUGUUCAAGAGAGAUACCAUUCCAGCCUGUUUUUGGACCGCUGAUCAUCUGUCGAUGAUGCAUGUUUACCUGGAUUCCAAUCCCUUCUUUAACAUUUGCUAGAAGAAUCUUUCAUUACUAUUAUACAGUAGCGUGCACAGUAGAUUGUUCAAAAAGAUCUUUGCACUAUUUUCCCAGUAAAGUUAUUUCUAUCA